ACAAGUUCCUGCAGAUCCCGUCCCCACAAUCUACCCUAGGCUUGAUAUAAGCUCUUUGUUGACUUGACUAAACCUUACUUAAGUUUACUGACCAUGUCUGACUCCAUCCCCUCUGCCCACUCGGACCCUGACGCUGUCGACCAGCAUCGCCCCGCAAACGCGGAAGACCGCAAAGCCGCCGCUGCCCUUUCCUCUCUCAACCCGAAUGAAAUCGGUACGGACAUGGGCGCCAAGCCGCCUUCAUCCGCCGACCAGGAGGCAUUGGGAAAGGCGAUGAGCCGGUUGGAGAUCGUUGCGGGGCAGGAUGCCGGCAAGAAGACGGCCGGGCCGCAGAAGGAGGCAGAGGUAGUGAGGAAGAAAGCCGUGAAAGUUACCUCGGAAGAUAUUAGCCUCUUGGCCGAGCAGUUAGAUUUAACAAAGGUCAAGGCGACAGAGCUCUUGAAAUCCAACAAUGGCGAUGCUAAGCAGGCGAUCAAGGCGUUUAUAACCCCUGCUGGAGCUUCGAUUGUUACCUGCUAGCUGGUCUGAAAUUGGAAGGUAAUGGAUACUUGGAUGUAUCGCCAGUAAACAAAUGCUGUUCAGCAUGGCUAAGUCAUAACGACUGCUUUUUCCCGGAUAAAAGUUAAUGAAUUUA